AUGUCCAUCCUGCGCCUGUAUGACAUCGCCACGCGCCCCCCCGUGGAGAAGAGCUGCUGCUCCCCCAACCCGUGGAAGGCCCGACUGGCCCUCAACUUCAAAGGUCUUGCAUACUCGACCUCAUGGGUGGGCCUACCCGACAUCGCUCAAGUUCGCAGCACUCUGAAGGUUCCGCCCUGUCGCAAAUUUGCCGACGGCACCGACUUCUUCACCCUGCCGAUCGUCGAGGAUCCCGCUACCGACUCGCGCGUCGGCGACUCCUUCGACAUCGCCGUUUACCUGCAGACCACAUAUCCGAACUCGGGCGCCGGCGAUCUUUUCCCCCCUCAGACCCUGGACUAUGACUUUGCCCACGACUCUGCCCUUCUGAUACCGCUCUCCGACUGUGACCAGUCCAGAUUUCCCGAAUACGCCCGGUUCAAUAUGAACGUUGACGCGGCCUUCACCGCACACGUACAGCUCGCACUGCAAGACUUUCCUUUCGACCCGGCCACCGCGGAGCUCACAAAGGCUGAGUUUGUCCGUCGCGCGGGCGUUACGUGUUGGGAGGACUUUACCUUGGCUGGUGCCGACCGAGACAAGGUCAAGGAUUCGUUCCGGAAUAUGCUAGGCGGCCUGGCGAGGCUAUUUGGGAGAGACCCAACCGGACCCUUCCUACUCGGAGCGAGAGCCAGCUAUGCGGACUUGAUCGUCGGUGCGUGGCUGCGCAUGAUGCACGCGAGCCUGCCAGCCAGCGAAUGGCACGAGAAUCAUGAUAACCCCGUUUAUCACGAGCAAUAUCGCAUGGGGUCUUUUUAUUGGGAUGAAUAUGGCAGGUACCUGUGGAACAGGACCAGGCGUUUCAAUGGCUCACUCACGAAGCACCCCGACGGGUACUGGAGAGAACGCCCCAAUCAUUACACCUACUUCAUCUUCGAUGUUCCCGUGCCGUCAGAUCGCUAUUUUCGCCGGGUUGACCGGGCCGUUGACGAGACCAUUGCCCAGCUUCAGGCCGGGCAAUGGGCAAUUGCUGAUGAUCGGGUGAGACGCCGCAGUAACACGGUUCGUUUGGGGCCGGCUAUUGCGAACGCUUCGGGACCUUCGUCGGUCUGGGCCUUGAGCAAAGUCUCCAUGGCCCGUAUGAGCAGCCAGGAUCCGUGCCAGAAGCGGCCUUGGGAGCUUUAG